UUGUGAAAUUCCUACAUCUCUUUUAGAUUGACAAGCGACGUAAGGGAUUAAUUCCAGUACAGCCUAAGCCCCCGCAGGGCUUCAAGGAUUACCUCAUGAAUCGGUGCACCUACGUCCUGGCCGGAAACGCGCCGACUACGCCCAACAUAACCAUUCCGGCGAAUCUUCCCGCGCAAAUGAAAGACCUGUACAGUGAGCAGGAGAAGGAGCGGUACAGAUUACGAAUGCAGCAUGUGAUAGAGAAAGAAAAAUUAGUACUGUCCGUCGAACAAGAGAUACUACGGGUACACGGUCGAGCGGCGCGCGCUUUGGCCAACCAGUCGCUUCCGUUCUCCGUGUGUACGAUUUUAAGGGACGAAGAGGUGUAUAACUUGAUAACGCCCGAGCAGGAAGAGAAAGAUCGUAACGCAAGGUCGAGGUAUAAUGGGCGUUUGUUUUUGAGCUGGUUGCAAGACGUCGACGAUAAAUGGGAAAAAAUAAAGGAGCAUAUGCUUUUGAGGCAUCACAACGAAGCGGAAUCUCUGCAUGCCGUUCAAAAGAUGGAUUGGGAGUGGAAGCUGAAAGAAUUGAAUCUGUGUGAUGCGAAGACCACGCCAUCUAUUGACGAAUUACAUGUUCCUAUGGUUCAUGUCAGCGACGACUUUGAUUUACUCCCCGCUUAGUUCUUAAUAUUUAUAAUUAAUUUAUUACUGUUGAUUGUUAAAUAAUGUAGCUAUGAAUUUUA